AUGAUCUGUUCAGCCGCAGUGGAACAUGAAGUUCAUCCGAGGAUCAGGACAUAUCAACAUUCCGGUAACUUGGGUCACGAGCUGUCACUGCCCCCACCUACCCCAACCCCCAAUGGUACCUUGAUCUUGAACCAACAAAGGCCUGGAACUUCCAUUCAGACAUUCCAUUUGUACGAAAGGUUCUAUACGAAAUAUCAGGUUGAUCUUGUGAUAUCCGACAAGACAUCAGGUAGAGUAAAGCCAUUGAGUACCGAGACUCUGCUCUGUCUUCUCUAUCAAUAUGAUCUAUGGUUACUGGUGUCUUCAAUACUGUCUUCCUUUGAGACAGGACAAACAGAACUUGCCAAGUCUUCCCAGCCAGGCAAUUAUUUCGUGUUAAUGAUCAACCCCGACUUAACAUAUCGAUUAGGGAAGGACCCUGAUCAUAGCCAACCUCUAAAUUUAACCGUAAUUACACGGAACACCUUCUUCCACCAAUUACACGACUCAUUCGCACGAACCCCCAGGAUUUACACAGUAUAA